UGUCUGCGUGUUUAUUUUGCUCUGAGUGAAGAUAUAUUCAAAAUGCAUUUCAGUCAUUUUCUGCUAACGCUAGCAGCGUUGGUCUGUUUGACACAUUGCAGUUCGGAUUAUUGUGCUACUGAGUGUGAUGGUGUAUGCCGUAAGAAACACUGCAAUGACGAUGAAAUUGAGUCAACUGAUCCAGAAUGCAAACAUGAUUGUGAGGAUAACAAAAAAUGCUGUGUAAAAAAUGUAAAUGGUGUAGGUAAUGAGUGUGCAAAUGAGUGUGAUGGCCAAUGCCGUAAAAAACACUGCAAUAGGGAUGAAGUAUUAUCAACUAAUCCAAGCUGCAUAGACGAUUGUGAUGCUAAGAAAGGUCGGAUAUGCUGUGUGAAAGUCCAAAAAUAUGACUGCGAAGUAGACUGUGGAGGUACAUGUCGUAAACAUUGCAAACUUGGUGAACAGGAUGCGGAGCCCAAAGGAGAAUGUGUUGCAAGUUGCCCAGAUACAUACAGGUGUUGUGUGACAGAUGAUAACGAGUGUCAACGUGAUUGUAAUGGACAAUGUCGUGCAAAGCACUGCAAUAGAAAUGAAAAGGAGUCAGAGGAUUCAAUCUGCGAGAAAGAUUGUAAAGAUAAAAAUGAUCGGAUAUGCUGUGUGCCAGAUGAUGACAUUAAUGAGUGUGAAAUUGAGUGUGGUGGACAAUGCCGUAAAAAUCACUGCAAUGACGAUGAAUAUGUGUCACAAGAACUGAGCUGUAUAGAAGAUUGUGAUGAAAAUAAUGGUCGGAUAUGCUGUGUGCCAAACCCAGGACAUGACUGCGAAGCAGACUGUGGUGGAACAUGUCGUAAACAUUGUAAACGUGGUGAACAAGAUGCGCAACCCGUGGAUGGGUGUGUUGAAUCUUGUCCACCUGAUUAUAGAUGUUGUGUGACAGAUGAGAAAGCGUGUAAAAAUGAUUGUAAUGGCCAAUGCCGUAAAAAACACUGCAAUGACAAUGAAUACCAGUCACAUGAACCAAGUUGUGUGAACGAUUGUUAUGAUAAAAGGGAACGGAUAUGCUGUGUUCCAUGGUAAAGUUUGGUUUUGGUUUUUGCUUCUAUUUAGAUAUCACUGUCUGGCACCAUAAGUAACCAACGAGACUUACAAUUUGUCUCAUGUAAAGAAUAAAUUUAGAUCUUAAAUUAGAAAUAAAUCAUAAAAAUGAAAAAGCC